GAUUCGACUAGGUCGUCGCACGCGCAGCACACUUGCCUGAGACGGCGAUCUGAUUUCUUGACCUUUCGAUUCAUGACCAAAAGCAAGUUUGUCAUGGAAUUUAGCAUGAUCUUAGGGGUGUGUGUUCCGAUGACUAUAACAAAUCUAGACACCAUUUCAUCUUCUGCGAUCCACGCAUCAUAGAUCUUCUACCGACAUGAGCAAACAAUGCAAAGGGGCGUUCGUUCAUCUCGGAUCCUCCCGCCGUACGCCGCCGCAGCGGUUGGAAGGCGCGUACGGCCGUACACGUACACAGAAUCCAACACCUCCCACCGACCUAAAUCCAGACUCCCUCUUCCUCCUCCUUUCUCUCACUGAUCUUUCCACCACAGGACGGACGCCCGACAUGGCGUCAUUCUUGCAACUCCCCGCUGCCUUCCCUACUUCUCGGUAACAAAAUAAUCUCCCUGUCAAGAUUGCUUCUUCCGUCAAAAUGGCGGCGAUCGCGAAGCUUCUGUUGCUUCAUUCUCUUUCUCUCGGUUCUCGAUCUCAGCUAACGGAGAAGGUGUGGAGGAUACGUCAAAAGUAUCGCCUUUCCACUUCGGAUUAGAUCGAUCGGUGGAAAAUUCUGCAAGAUCGCCCCCUUUUUCUAUCUUUGCAGCAUUUACAUCCGUCUUCUUGCCAAAUUUCUCUAAAAGUCAACUUUCCAUUAACAAGAAUAAUAAUAAUAAAUGGAAUGGCCUGUCUCCGUUGCCAUUUCGUUCCUCGAGAUCCGAAUUGUCCCUGUCACCAAGGCUGUUUCGAUCUGGUUUCUUUCUUCUGUAUUUAUGGCAGGAGGGGAUUCGUAGCGAAAGAUGGUGCACAACGGUGUGGUCGCUGCCUUUGAGUUUCCAGGUCGCGGGACAGGGUUUAGGCUGCGCUUGGCUUGGUCAAGAAGAGGAGCGCAAGAUCGAACGGGUUGUCGAUGCCGGACCGUGGAUUCUGCUGCGGAGGUUCGCCGCUCGGAUCGCCGGUCGAUUUCGGGGUGGAGAUGGCCCGGGUGAGGACGAGGAUGGAAGGGAUUUUUAGGUCUCGUGAGAAAGCUCGAUAUGUCAGGGCCCAGACUUCCGGUGACCUGGAGAAUGUGCCAACUGAUAAGCUUCAGACGAAGCCAUCCGGCCAUGUUCUGCCCUACGUUGGUGUAGCCUGCUUGGGAGCCAUUUUGUUUGGAUAUCAUCUUGCUGUGGUGAAUGGGGCACUUGAAUAUCUUGCAAGGGAUCUUGGAAUUGCUAAAGAUACUGUCUUACAAGGAUGGGUCGUUAGCACAACCCUUGCCGGUGCAACUGUAGGUUCUUUUACCGGAGGAACAUUGGCUGAUAAAUUAGGUCGAAUCCGAACUUUCCAGCUUGAUGCCAUUCCGCUUGUAAUUGGUGCAUUUCUCAGUGCAACAGCCCAAGAUGUACCAACAAUGAUAAUUGGUCGAUUACUUGCUGGAUUUGGAAUUGGAAUCUCUUCUGCCAUUGUGCCACUGUACAUAUCAGAGAUAUCACCGACUGAAAUUCGUGGAGCGCUUGGAUCUGUCAACCAACUUUUCAUUUGCAUUGGUAUUCUUAUGGCCUUGGUGGCUGGAUUGCCUUUGGCAGGAAAUCCGAAAUGGUGGAGGACCAUGUUUACCGUUGCAAUUUUUCCUGCUGUGCUAAUGGCACUUGGAAUGGCUGUUUGUCCAGAAAGCCCUCGCUGGCUGUUUCAGCAAGGGAAACUUUCUCAGGCUGAAACAGCUAUGAAGAAACUCUAUGGAAAAGAAAAGGUUGCUGAGGUUAUGCAUGGCCUAAGAGCAAGUGGUGAAGGUUCAACUGAACCAGAUGCUGGUUGGUUUGAUCUAUUCAGUAAACGCUAUUGGAAAGUUGUGAGUGUUGGUGCAGCAUUAUUCUUGUUUCAACAAUUGGCUGGAAUAAAUGCCGUCGUGUACUAUUCUACAGCUGUAUUUCGCAGUGCAGGAAUCUCCUCUGAUGUUGCGGCUAGUGCUCUUGUUGGUGCAUCAAAUGUUUUCGGCACUAUCAUUGCUUCUUCUUUGAUGGACAAACGGGGGAGGAAAAGCCUUCUGAUCACGAGUUUUAUUGGCAUGGGACAUCAAGAGGCAACUACAUGGACUAUGGUUUGCGCUAAGGAUGUUGGUGAUAAGAACUGCUUCGGAAGGGUUUCCUAUAAACAUUUGUCACUCUAUAUGGAUGCAGACUUGAACUUAACAGUCUCAAAGCAAAAGGUUAAUUCAAGUGUAGUAGUUGCCCCUGCUUUAUUACUAGACAGAAGAGAAGAUCUAUUUCGAGUAAAAAAUGGGUCAAUGGAGUCGGGCAAUAUCACAUAGAUGGUUGUGUAGUAAUUGAUCGUUCUUCUGAUGUUGCAUAAGCAGGUCUCCGAGGUUUUUUUAUGAUCCCGCCUAGAAUGUUUAGAGUUCUUGAUGAAUGAAUAUAACACAAAGGCUUGAAUGUGCUUGAACAUAUGCUCAUCAACUGCUCAUGCGAGGAGUUGAGUCUUUCCCUCAUAACAAAUUACUCAUCAAUUUUCUGCGGUAUGAAUGAAAUUGUUGUGGCAAAGUUUGACUUUUAAUAAACUGCAAAUUACUUAUCACUUUUUCUGCAGUCUGAAUGAAAUUGUUGUGCCAAAGUUUGACUUUUAAUAAACUGCAUCCAAGCUAGCAUUUCGAUGAACGCGGAUAACUGCGAGGAAGCCAAGUACAUGAGUGCAAAGUUGCAGAAGACACCUUACGAGAAGAACAAAAAUUUUUAUUAGACUUUUCUACUCAAAAAAAUAUUUUUUUUUUCUCAAGCUGAUUUUUUCUUGCACU